CAAAACAAAAGGGGAAGGGCCAAGGAGAGACGAGGCAGGGACGCGGGGUAGGAUUUGGAAGCGCGCGCGACUCGCCGAUCAGCCGCCGCCGCUCCUCCUGGUGCUCCUCCUCCUCCACCACCGCCGCUGCUCUCACCGAUCCAGUACCAAGGACGCCGCGGCUUGCCGGAGGUCCGCAGGUAUGAUGGAGGGCGAUACAAAGCUCAGUUUGCAGGCUAAGAAAUGGGUACAAGAUGCUCUUCUGGACUCCUCAAAGAGAUCGAAGAAGAUUGUUAGGGCACAAGCAUACUCAUUGGCUAGGAAACCAUCCAGCAGAGAGCAGUUUCAACAUGCAAGGUGGGAUGGGCGCCGUAUCUUGAACUUCGCAGUGAGGGAUGGUCAUAGGUUUCUUUGCGAUCUACUGCUUGAAGAGCUUAAAAUAAAUCCCAAUCUUCAGGAUUCAUUUGAUGAUACAACCCCGCUGCACCACGCUGCUGCCACAGGGCAGGUGGAAGUGAUUGAGUUACUGCUGAACAAAUACUUCUGUGAUAUAGAAGCUAAAGACUGUGGGCGUUCCACCCCAUUGUGUCUUGCUACAUUGGCUGGUCGCAAUGCCGCCUUGCAAAAACUAUUGGACUGUGGUGCGUCUACAGAAGCACAGUGCUUUCUUGGACAACCCAUUCAUAUUGCUACAUGGGGUGGAAACAUCACUGCAAUACAGAUGUUCCACAAGGCAAAUCCUGAUGUGGUAAAUUCUGAGAUUCAUGAACUCUGCACGCCACUCGUUGUUGCAUCUUUGAAUGACUCAAAUGAUUGCUUUAAGUACCUUGCUGAGGUUGCAGAUGUAAGUGCAAAACAUUUGAUGUACAAAGUCAUCUGCCGCGUUAGUUCUGAGGAGAGCUCAAUGGAAAGGGUUCGGAUUCUUCUGGACUGUGGAGUCAACCCUAAUUCUUAUGAUGCGGUUACACUAUUUGAAGGCCCGCCUAUUCUCUGUGCUGCAAAAAGAGGGUGGAAAAACUUAGUUGGGAUCUUGUUAAGUUUCACAGAUGAAAUUCCUGGAAUUGAAUGGACCGUUGAUGGUGUAAUGGAACAUGUCAGCAGUGAACUGUUCCAACAAACAGAUCAAGAACAGGGAACAAAGAGAGUUUGUGCUUUAAAGGACAGGAUGCUUAGGGCGCUCAAAGAUAAGAACUAUCUUGCUGCAGAUAUUAUCUGCAAGGUCCUUUAUGUUGACAUGGAUAGAGAGGAAUGGGAUCGCUAUCAUAGCCUCUGUUCAUUUCUCAUCUUUUAUGGAAUGAAGUCCAUGUUUCCGACUCCGACCAUUGAUGCUGAGGCAAUUUUUGCACUGUCUUGGAUGCUGGGCGUGUCAAAAGAGACUGAAAGAGUACUGCUAGGAGUCAAGGCCUGUGUGGCUUUAGAACCAGAUAAUGAAAGAUAUAAAGAGUUUCUGGUGCACGUAACGAAAAUGAUGGAAGAUAACAAUGGCAGGAAGUAGAUGGAAUGCGCUUACUGGUGACCUCCUGGGAUAGUGGGUGUUAACGUUUGUGAUGCCUGUAACAUAACGUUUCACAGAUGCUCCCCAAUCUGCUUAUACUACUUUUUGAGAACCUAGCACGGUUAUUCUUUAGUUUAGUAGACUAUACAAAACCAGUGACUGGGUGGCACGGUUGGUUGCCUUUUACUUUUUUGGCUUAACCUCGCAAGCUGUUCGAGAUGAGCGGCAGUUUGCCCGGAUAUUUUUUCCAUUGUACCGAGAAACCUGUGAAAUGCGAAUCCUGAUAUGCUGCUCUUAUAUGUGAGCCGGCUUUUUUAA